GGCUGAACCGACAGUUACCUGGCAAAGCCAAUGGGACACUUUGUUGUUAGAAAAACAUUACAAGCGGAGAAGGAAAUACUACACAGUAAACCAAAUGCGAUGGAACGGAUCGAACCUUUCCAGGUUUUAAUACCCUUUUCUUAAUUAAAUCGUUGUGACUAAUGACAUAUUAGUUAGUAACGACUUAGGUAACUGUGAGGCAGUUUUGUUUGGGUUAUUUGAAGUGAGCUUGCAAAUUGUAAAGGUCUGAUCACGCCAAGCUGUUUUUAUGUUACAGUAACAUUACUGAUGGCCACCCGACAGCCGUUUACGAGUUCUGAUACCGCUGAUGAAGCAGUCCGAGCCACAUGCGACGAUGCUUCGACCUGUAAAAGAUUUGCUACCAGUAAAGGCUAUUGGAAAGACCCAUAUAUCCAGUAUUUUGUGAGGCAGAGUGGAGAAAGAAAGGCUCCUGAAAUCAGCAGAGGUUAUUAUGCUCGGGUGCAUGGAGUGAAUCGCCUGCUUGAUGGUUUUUUAAGGAAGACAACAUGCAACUGCCAGGUUAUAAAUCUGGGUGCUGGUCUGGACACAACAUUCUGGAGAUUAAAGGAAGCAAACCUUCUGCCCAAAAAAUACUUUGAAGUUGACUUUUCCGUGAUUGUUGCAAGGAAGCUACAUAACAUCAAAACAAAACCUCCACUGUCUAACCCUAUUGUUGCAACACAUUCAACUGAUUUACUUCUGAUGGAUGGCCACAGCUUAGACUCGGACCGAUACUGCAUCAUUGGAGCAGAUCUCCGGGAUCUCCCUGCACUGGAGGAAAAACUGAAGAAAUGCCACCUUGAUACAAAAUUGCCAACGCUGUUUGUGUCAGAGUGCGUGCUGGUCUACAUGACUCUGGAGCAGUCUUCAAGUCUGGUGAAAUGGGUGGCAGACACCUUUGACACUGCCAUGUUCAUAAACUACGAGCAGGUGAACAUGGCUGAUCGCUUUGGGCAGAUCAUGAUCGAGAAUCUGCAGAGAAGGCAAUGCAACCUGGCAGGAGUGGAAGUCUGUAGAUCACUUGAGUCUCAGAAAGACAGAUUUUUAUUGGCUGGCUGGGAAAAAGCUGAUGCACUUGAUAUGAUGACCGUAUACAAUAUCCUUCCGCAAGAUGACGUGGGAAGGAUAGAACAGCUUGAGUUUUUGGAUGAAAGGGAACUUCUUCAACAGCUGUUACAGCAUUACUGCAUCUGCUGGGCUACGAAAGACAAGCUGAGCCUGGGUCUCUUAGAUGUUACGUUUUAAUUAUUUUGACGGAAAUGGAAACAGCACUUUUAUCAAGGAAGAACAGCUGUUGCUGCAUGUCUGGAACUGCUGGCUGUUUGUGCCUAACUGACUUUUUUCAACUGUUGUCUAAGUAAUGUUUCUGUUGCAAUAAAACCAGAUGAAAUCCUGAUUAUGGCAGGAUCUUUUUGUUCUUUAUUAAAAUGCCUUUUAAAA